CAAGACUGGAGUCACCAGUUACAAGCUUAGAGGAAGAAAGAGCGGAAGAGCUCCCUGCCUCCCGUCAGGUGGUAAAAGGAGACAAUAACAAGGAUGGCUGAUGCACUGGGCAGCGUGACAAAGGCUCUCGAUAUUGUGUUCAAGAUCAAAGAGGCUGUGGAUACAGUUAAACAAAACGAAAAGGAUUGUGAACAGAUCAAGAAGCGUGUGGAGAGGGUCCAACACACGCUCACUCUGUUCCAACAGGAUGUGGAGCUGAUGAACUCCGCGGGGAGCCGCACUGCACUGGAGGCGUUGCGUGAGGUCCUCACCGAGGCCCUCGAGCUCGUCACAGGCUGCAAGGAAGAGACUAAUCUGUGUUGUCUCCUCAUAAAGGCUGGGGAGGUGUCCAAGAAGCUGAACAAGGCAGACCAGACCAUAUCUAAUAUAAACUCUGAGGUGUCGCUUACCAUCAUGCUCUGCAUUGCGCCGCACACCACCAAGCCACUUAAACUCUACCAAGCACCGGAUGAACAUGGCCGUUCGCUGCAAUUGGUCAAACAAACACGAAGCGUGCCACCUACUAUUUCUGAAAUUGCGGUGGAAAUCAAGGUAGCGGUGGACAGAGUCCAGAGGAACAAGGAAGAGUGCAUUGAAGUUGAUAAGCGUGUGAAUGGUGUCAAUGCCCUCCUUUCACAGUUCGGGAAUACAGAACUAAUGAAGGACCCAUCCAUGAGUGCUUCAAUAGAGAAGCUCCAUACGACCUUUUGCAUUGCUCGCACACUCGUCAUGGAGUGUCAGAAAAGAAAUAUUAUUUUCAUUCGAUCUGGUUGGGAGUUGUCCAAGCAGCUACGUGAGGUACUGGAUCAAAUUGAUCUUGCCCUUGAUGAUAUGAUCACCAUUAGUGCGAACUAUGCCUGUACAGUGUGAAAGUCAUCUGCCCUAAAUCUCAGCUUCCCAAGUGCAGAUUUGAAGUAAAUGAUCGGGGCAAAAAUAUGGUGGCCAAACCGUUCAUGAGCCAUGACUACAGUAAUCGCGCAAUUUGUCCGAAUCAAGUUGGACAGUUGAUGGGUUGUAUUACACAUAUCGAUGAUUGUCUACUUUGGCAACAUUAGUGGUCAUCAGCUUGCGCAAGUUCUUUGUGAAACUCAUAACUAGGUAUCCAUGAUUUUUAUCUACGAAGAAAAGUCUAGAAACAGCAUGUCUGGUCUUUUGUUCCCUCCAUGUAUUAUGGGCGGCUGUAUGAGAAUAUACGGAGUAUUUGUAUGUUGAUAUAUCUAUGACAGUGUUCUCUGCCUUA